AUGGCUAACAAUUGCCAGUCCGCUGCUCUGUUGCUGCUCCUGGGCCUCACCCAGGCCAUUGAGGUGCCGCGGAAACCGUACGCGCCCACUGGCGGUGGUAAGAAGCGAUUGACUUUCAAUGAGACCGUGGUGAGUCGAGCAAUUGCUCCCUCGUCCAUCUCAGUCGAAUGGAUCGCGACCGCCCAGGACGGUGAGUACGUCUACCAGGACGCCGACGGGAGUCUCAAGAUUGAGAGCAUCGUCACCAACAAAACCACGACUCUCGUUCCGGCCGACAAGGUGCCCGACGACUCGUAUACAUACUGGAUCAAGCCCGACUUGUCGUCGGUGCUAUGGGCAACCAAUUAUACGAAACAGUACCGGCACUCGUUCUUCGCCGACUACUACAUCCAGGAUGUUGACUCCUUGGAAUCAAAGCCCUUGGUUUCUGAUCAGGUGGGCGACAUCCAGUACGCGCAAUGGAGUCCGGUCGGAAACACCAUUGCCUUCGUUCGUGACAACAACUUGUUCACCUGGAUCAAUGGCACCACCACGGCAAUCACCGAGGAUGGAGGACCGGAUCAGUUCCAUGGUGUUCCCGACUGGAUCUAUGAAGAGGAAAUCCUGGGAGGUCGGUUCUCUCUGUGGUUCUCACCGGACGGAGAGUACCUAGCCUAUUUGAGCUUCAACGAAACCGGCGUUCCGACCUUCACGGUGCCAUAUUACAUGGACAACCAGGAGGUCGCUCCGCCGUACCCUCGAGAGCUGGACAUCCGCUACCCCAAAGUGUCGCAAACCAACCCGACUGUCCAGCUUAGUCUCCUGGAGUUAGGCUCCAAGGACUCGUCGGUUGUGCCGAUUGACGCAUUUGAUGCCAGUGAGUUGAUCAUUGGCGAAGUGGCCUGGGUCACCGACGCGCACGCCAAAUUGGCCGUGAAAGCCUUCAACCGUGUUCAGGACGAGCAGAAAGUAGUCGCUGUGGAUGUCGCAUCGAGCCGAACUUCGGUUAUUAACGAGCGAGAUGGUACGGAUGGUUGGCUCGACAACCUCCUGUCCAUCACGUAUAUCGGCCCGAUCAACUCGAAAAAUGCAUCGUCGUCAUACUUCCUCGACAUCUCCGAUAAGUCGGGUUGGGCGCAUCUGUGGCUCUUCCCCAUUUCGGGCGGUGAGCCGAUUGCCUUGACCAAAGGAGAAUGGGAAGUUACUUCGAUUGUCAGCAUUGACAAGAAGCGGCAGUUAGUCUACUACCUGUCGACACAGCAUCACAGUACGGAGCGUCAUCUGUACUCUGUCUCUUACCGUACUUUCAAGAUCACCCCACUGGUUGAUGACACCGUGCCUGCGUACUGGAGCGCUUCUUUCUCAUCCAAGUCCAGUUAUUAUAUCCUGUCGUAUUCGGGCCCUGAUGUGCCAUACCAGGAGCUCUACUCCAUCAAUCAGACCAAGCCCCUGCGAACCAUUACCAGCAACUCGGCUGUGAUUGAUGUGAUCAAGAACUAUGCACUGCCCAACAUUAGCUACUUCGAGCUGGAGAUCCCCUCAGGCGAGAAGCUCAACGUCAUGCAGCGUCUGCCCGUCAACUUCUCUCCCGAGAAGAAAUACCCCAUCCUGUUCACCCCGUAUGGCGGACCCGGAGCGCAGGAGGUGACUAAAUCAUGGCAAUCUGUGGGCUUCAACGCGUACAUCGCGUCCGACCCGGAACUCGAAUAUGUGACCUGGACGGUUGACAACCGGGGAACCGGAUACAAAGGUCGCAAGUUCCGCUCUGCUGUCACCCGCCAGCUGGGUCUCCUUGAAGCCGAAGACCAGGUCUAUGCCGCGAAACAGGCAGCCAAGCUCCCCUUUAUCGAUGCCGACCACAUCGGCAUCUGGGGGUGGAGUUAUGGCGGGUAUCUUUCCAGCAAGGUUCUCGAGACCAACAGUGGCGCAUUUUCUCUCGGCCUCAUCACGGCUCCGGUGGCCGAUUGGCGCUUCUAUGAUUCCAUGUACACCGAGCGGUACAUGAAGACGCUCUCCACCAAUGCCGAUGGGUACAACACCAGCGCCGUCCAUAACGCAGAUGGGUUCAAGAGUGUGACCGGAGGGUUCCUUAUUCAGCACGGUACGGGUGAUGACAAUGUGCACUUCCAGAACUCGGCUGCGUUGUUGGACCUUCUGGUCGGCGAGGGCGUUACGCCCGAUAAAUUGCAGGCGCAAUGGUUCACCGACUCCGACCACGGCAUCCGGUACCAUGGCGGCAGUUUGUUCCUGUAUCGGCAACUGUCGAAGAAGCUACUCUUCACUGCAGAUUCAUCCACCAUGGCGGCAUUUUCCACCAAAGAAGUCCUGAUUGCUGAUAUUCCGACUAAAUCGGUCACGUUCACCACUGAUCAAGUCACCGUUGCUCGGGAGAUUCUCACCACCGUCCAGCCAGGUCAAAACGAAGUUACAAUCUACGGCCUGGACCCGAACGUCGACGUCGACUCGAUCCGUAUCGAAGGGAGCGGUCCCGCGACCAUCACAGACAUCCAGACGCAGAUCAUCCCGCGACGAGAAAGUUCCACGGACGUGUACCCUGACGAUUCCGACAUCGAAGACGACAGCGAUGAAGAGCCCGACGAUAUAGAUUACGGGUUUGACGAGUCGGAGUUGCAGGCAACUCGGGAAAAGAUUGCUCGCGGGCGGGCGAAAAAGUCGAAGGCCACCGAUAACAAAGCCGCGGCUGCUGCGAAGCUGCAGUUCCUGGAUAAAUACGGCAGAUCCAUGAGUCCUGAGACGGCGGAUCUGCUCAAGGUCAACGACUUCCUGCAGCUGUAUACGCGCCAGCGCUCGGAAGCGGCUGAAGCGAGCCACGCGGCCGAAGUGGAACUUCGCGAGGUGGAGGACGAGCUGAAGGAAUUGCAGAAAAAGCUGCUGCAGCUGGAGUCGAAACAGCGGAAGGCGAAGAAAACAGCUCUGAAGGAUUUCUAUCGCGUGAGGGAGGAGCGGCAGCGAGAGCGCAGGCAAAGGCGACAACAGCGAGACCGAGAAAGGGCUGAGAGGCGAAGAUUCUGGACCAGCAUGGUUGGUCAGGUGCGAGUGUCUCUCGACAGCAAUUCCGAGCCGACGCCUGAAUCGAGUCGACGAAACUCGGUCGCCGACGAUGACUCGGCCAUGGAGAAUACGGGCCACGCCAAACCGGAAGCCGACGUGACAAUCCUCCUUACUUACGUGUUGCCUGGGGGUAAAUGGGCGCCACGGUAUGAAUUGAGCAUCAAUACGCCUUCGUCGACGGCGCAGAUGGCCUGCCUCGCGGAAUUCCGGAAUUCCAGUUCUGAAACCUGGCGGGACACUCACGUCGCACUGUCGACCUCGAAAGCGUCCUUCUCCGGCCUUCGAGAGCGCGUGCCUUCUCUUGAAGCCUGGCACAUCCAGCUGGACCCGGAUAGCCAGACUAAUAAGCCAUCGUGGCAUAAUAUCUUGAAGGGUGGAGCACCUCAACAAGCAGCCCCGGGGGGUCUUUUUGGCUCAGCCCCCGGGCCUCGCGCUAAUAGCCUGUUUGGAUCAUCGCAAUCAGUGCCCGAAUCACAGCCAGUCCGGAGUCUUUUUGGUGGCUUUGGACCGCGUACAAAUGUCGCCCCUCCAACCGCAGAUUCCAUGGACACUCAACAGCCUACGCUACUUAUGGCUGCAAGUGCUCCGGCACCCAUGGCCAUGUCAAGUAACCCCAACGCCGAGAGUGAUGAGUAUGAGGAAGAGGAAGAGGAAGAGGAAGAGGAAGAGGAAGAGGAAGAGGAAGAGGAAGAGGAAGAGGAAGAGGAAGAGGAUGAUGAAAACGACGACUUGGCGUUGCCUCCCGCCAACUUAGACCACCAGGACUCCAUCACACAACAAUACGGGCUUACCACAACCCAUAAGCUCCCGGGUCGUCGCACCGUGAUACCCUCGAGUGUCAACCGACGCCAUACCCUCGCCGAAUUGGAACUGGACUCGAUGUCCCUUUCCUACCUCAUCGUGCCGAAGCAUCGCACCGCGGCCUUUCUCCGAGCCCGCAUCCAAAACACCUCGUCUGCGCACAUGCUGCGCGGCAAGGUGGGGUUGUCCGUGGACGGGACAUUCCUGGGCGCGAUUCCCAUGCCCAGCACGCCCCCCAACGAGUUCUUCAGCCUCUCACUGGGAAGCGACCCGGCGAUUUUGGUCAAGUACCCCAAGCCCACGGUGCGACCGUCCUCGGGGUCAUUCUUCGUCAAAGAAGAAGCAGCCGUGUUCCGGCGCACGUGCUGGAUCAAAAACACCAAGAACACGGCCGUGGAUCUCAACGUGAUGGAUCAGGUGCCGCUGAGUGAGAACGAUAAGUUGCGCGUGAACAUCCUGGAGCCGGAGGGUCUCGGUGAGGAAGGGAGCGAGACGGAUCUCGAGCUGAGCGAAGACGUGGGGGAGGGCACGGCCGUCAUGGGGAAAACUGGGGAGAUUAAAUGGAGCAUUCGGCUGGAGCCUGGCAAGGAGGUGCGGACUGUGCUGGAGUAUGAAGCACGAGUACCGAGUGGGAGUGAGGUGGGUACGUCUUAUGGAUAG